AUGCGGUCCAUUAUGCGACUGCAGAACCUGUCUGCAAGCCGCAAAGUGGACCGCAAACAAACCAUGAAGGUUGCUGAAGGACGAAUGUACGAUGCAAAACGCCCAAAAAAGAAGAAAUUAGCCAUUAUAGAAAGACAAAAAACGUACAAGACUCCUAUUGGUACUUCUCCAUAUCGGUUAGUCUUCGGCAAAGCUUGUCAUCUACCUGUACAAUUGGAACACAAAGCCAUGUGGUCUCUAAAAAGGUUGAACUUGGAUUGGGGUGAAGCUGCAAAUUUGAGGUUGACACAACUCAAUGAAAUGGAGGAAUUCCGUUUCCAUGCAUAUGAAAGUGCAGCUGUGUAUAAGGAAAGGAUGAAAUUCGUCCAUGACAAGAAGAUCUUGAAAAGGGAGUUCAAGUCGGGUGAUUUGGUUUUUCCCUUUAACUCCAGGCUCAAAUUGUUUCCGGGCAAGCUUAAAUCCAAAUGGUCCGGUCCGUUCAAAGUAGUAAGUGUCUCUCCUUAUGGAGCUGUGGAACUGGCAUCGGAAGAUGGGUCCCGGACCUUCAAAGUAAAUGGCCAAUGCAUCAAGCAUUACCUGGGCACAGAUGGAGAAAAACACUUGGUGGAGCAGCUGGCUCUAAAAUAUGGUCUGUGUCCGACCACUGAGUGA